CACCACAAGAGCGACAUCUGUGUUAGAGCUAUCUAUCACGGAUGGACAGGCUGAUUGACGACGUCUCGAGUGGUACCUAUGGCAUUUGCAGAAUAGUCCGCUGCGGACCAAGAUGGUGACCUCCUCGCUCCUGGCAGGCUUGAAGGAAGCGUUGGCAUCUUGAACAGCAAGUGUUGGGCCACAAGGCCGUCUCGUGUAAGAUCGUGUGUGGAAGAUGGCUUUAUACGGAUUCUUCAUCAGUGCACCGCUCAGUCACAUCCUCAUUGGUCUUCUACAGAGGGCCUUCGCUGACCGCACGAGUCUGAUGGCCAACCUUGCCCGAUUCUUGACGAACAGUCUCCUGGUGAUCUCUCCCCAGAACUGGGUGCACUUGUAUUCGCUGGCUCUCAUCGCAUGUAGAGCCAAUGCGAAAGUGGCUUACCACAAGGCUGCCAGCGCUUUUGGGUCGACCUCUGUCGUGGUAUUUGGUUUCGCGCAGACAUCGCUUCCGGAGUAUGUCUGGGAACAUUAUUUCAACCUGGUUGGUUUCGUCAUGGGGACAUAUGUUAAUGUCAGGACAAGGAAGAAUAGCCUA